GGCUGGUUGUCAUGGUGACAGGUAAACGUUAACAGUCUCUGGGAUGAUGUGUGAGAUCAAAGCAGUUUACAGUCAACUGUUCGAUGCUCAGGAGAAGGCUCCUUUGAUGACAUAGAGGACUCAUUUUCUAUGUCAUCAAAGGAGCCUUCUUCAUGCAGCAGAGCUGGUUCCAAGACUCACCCCCAUCUCCAGCUUGAUCCUGUAGAACAAAGUCUAGGACCUAGACUCUAGUUCCUCAGCCUCAGAGAUUUCAGACUCAGAAUCAAGACAAAGAAUUGCCUCCUCAUCUUCCUCAUCCUGUUCUUCAUCCAGCAUCUUUGUGACCAUGUCAAUCGUUCAACUGUCCAGGUCUCUGUUCUCUGGACAGAGUGACACGAGGACAGACUGUCUGUCUGCUGAGGACAGCAACACACAGUGCAGCAGCAGGGGACAGCAGGUGGAUAAUGAUGUUGAUGAUGUCAGCAGACUUCCUCACACUGUGGUGGUCGAGUGUCCGAGCUCUGACAUCAUCCAACGUCUGGCGGAGAAAAGGCGGGAAAAACAUGACGACGCUCUGAAACAGCUGGAAACUGAACUGACGCAACUCAGUCAGGUGUGUGAGGCUCAGGUGACGUCUAUCAGUCAGGAAAUGAUGUCGACUCUACAGGAAGUGAACGUCAAACCGAAAACACUUAAAGACACACCCAUACAUCCCGUCUAUCUGCAGCAGCUGCAGGACGAGAUGAAGAGAAUCAUGGAGCUGAAACACAAACUGACAGAAUGUGAGAGUCAGUGCAUCAAGCAGAUCAGAGCUGUGCUCAGGAAAUACUGCCACCUGCUGGAGAAGAUCAGCUUCCUGCUGCCACCUGAUGUCCACAGACUGAUCCACAGCAUAGCCACGAUGGUGAACCAGUCUCUGCUGGUGAACCGUCGCAAAGUCGCCCGUCUACUGCUGCUCCUCCAACACCAGCAAAACCUGCAGCAGCAUGACUAGCAGCGACAUGAUGGAACAGAACCUGAUCUCAGAACAUCGUUGACAAACUGUUUAAUAAAGUUUAUAUUUGAAGAAUAAACGUCAUGACAUCAUCUUCAGUCUGCACUGAUACAGA